CGAGCAUGAACAAACUGUCCUGAAAAAUCAUUAGAACAUCGUCGGAUAAAGCGUAUCAUUCCGUCGAAGUAACUGGACGAUCGUUUCGAUCUUAAUUACACGAUCGCGUAUUUAUCUGGCAGAAUUCACGCGCUAUCUAGCUGGUAAUUAAGCGGUCGGCGAAGAACGUUGAGAAGCUAUUAACUCGCUGCUCGGCCAACGAGGCAAGGUCCUUGGAUUGUUGCUAUACUUUCUUGUGAUAAUGGUGAAUUAAUAGAGAAGCAGUUAGGGCGGUCUGGUGGGAAAAGUUCUCGAUAUCCGUCCUCGUCGUGGCGGGAAGCAGGACCACGAGACGGUAGACGGUUAAUUAAGGAAACCGUUAACUGGGGAAGACCGACUUAUCUGCGACGAUUGGCUGCUAAGUUACCCAACGGAGCAAAUGUUUCAGAGUUUCAAUCAGCUUCCUACUUUCCACCCUUCCCUUUUGCCCGCACCAUGGAAUAGCUACUUUGCAGUCGUAGCCAUAAGACGCUCUUGAAUGCGAUUAUAAUAAAUUCUUCGCUGAAAGUUGCCGAAGCGCUCGAAUCCGCUUGCGAUGAUAAUGGCCGAAGGAGGAUGGGACCGUCGUCCCAAGCGUGCUCCACUUUUCAAUCUCCGAUGUUGGGAUUACGAUUUACACGACAACCAUCAGGCUUCUUACCAGGAUGUUAAAGACUUUCAUAGAUACAUCGUCAUCUUCGUGUCUUGGUGGUUGCAUAGGAUUCGUUUAAACAGAGACUACAUGCAGUGCCGCGGAUACCCGGGGACCGUGGUUGGUUACGAGAAGGUGGAAUCUUCGAGUCAGCGAUCAGCAGCGACACAUUGAUGCUUCGGCGAUCGAUCCACGGACCUAGUGACGAGGCACCGACGCGCCGCCAAGGAAAUCUCGACGAACGACAUUCCUUUGGCAAAGUGACGCUCAGAGCGGUCACGGAUUUCUCGUUGCUGUCUAAAUUAAGGAAAUCCUCGGGAUGGAGCUAAGAACGGCGAAACUGUUACUCUACUCGGCGUUGGUGGUGGUCGUGUGUUGGUGCCAAGAAGAUUGGACGGCCCAAUGUUCGUCCUUGUGCAAAUGCAGAUGGAUUUCCGGCAAGAAGACAGCGGAAUGCGCGAAACAGAAUCUCACGCAGAUACCUAGUAAUCUAUCAUCGGAUAUCCAGAACUUCGACCUAACCGGAAAUCGUAUCGCUCAUCUGAUGAACAACUCGUUCAGUAGCGUCCACCUGGUGAACCUGCAGAAGUUGGUGUUGCGCAAAUGCGAGAUCGAAACGAUUCACAUGAACGCUUUCAACGGCCUGAAAAUCGUGAUCGAGAUCGAUCUAUCGGCCAACAACAUCAGAACCCUAAAUCGGGGCACGUUCGAAGAAACACAGAGGUUAAGGGUGUUGUUGUUGAACGAGAACAAGCUAAAGGUCCUGGAGAACGGUCUCUUCCGUGAUCUGGUGUACCUGCAGAAGGUGAUGUUGUCUAACAAUGAAUUAGAACGAAUCGAGAAGAAGACCUUCCACAAUCUGCCAGGUUUGCGAUUAGUUACUCUAGAUGGCAACAAUCUAAGCACCCUGGGGGUGCAGAGCUUCGAAUUGCUGCCGAUACUCGGCAGCCUAGAGCUUCACAAUAAUCCAUGGAAUUGCAAUUGUCAUCUGAAGAGAUUUCGCAAUUGGACGAUAGAGAGAAAGUUGUACACGAAACCCACCACGUGUCAGCAACCACCGAAUCUUGCCGGGAAGAUGUGGGACGAGAUCAGCAGCGACGAAUUCGCCUGUAGACCAGAAAUCUUCACGAUUGGCCCAUCCGUGAAGAUGGAGUUCGCCAGAGGGAACGUGACCUUUUGGUGCAGAGCUUCUGGAACCCCGCAGCCAAAGCUAUUCUGGAUCUACCGAUCGAGAACCUUAACCAACGAGAGCCGACGACACAACGGGGAGAAAAGUUACAUCCUGAAGUCGAGCCACGACUGGUUGAACCUGACGAUACCGGAUGUCACGCCCUCGGACAAGGGUGAUUACGUCUGCUUGGCGAAAAGUCCAGGCGGAAAUACGGAGAAGAACGUGACAUUGGCUAUCGCUGGCGACGCGAUGGGUGGCAAGGACAAUAUAAUCAGUCUACCGCUCGCGCUCGGAUUGGGUGUGACCGCUUUGCUGCUUUUAAUCGUCACCGUUUCCCUUUGCGUGUGCUACUGUCGUCGUCGUCGAACCAGGCACGACGAGAAGAGCCUCGAGGCCGCCACGAUGGAACACCACGGUCUUGGCGAACAAGAGAAAUCACUGAUCACCACGAUAAAUCCAGUGGUGAAGCCACCGAGACGCUACGAGACGCCUUCCGUGACGUCGCACGGCACCGAGAUGACGGAGCUGAAUCGUACCCUGCUCGACAACGACUCGGUCUUUGCUGAUGGUAUCGGUGGCGGUGUUGGCAGUGGAGUGAUCGGCGGAGUCGGCGACGACGAGAGGGAAGAACGAGCAACGCCCGAGCUAGAGAGCGGUACCGGCACCCUGUGCCGCGGAGGUGGCGGAAGUUAUCGCCAGUAUCCGCCGGAUCUGUUGGCCUUCUCCGGUGGUCGGGGCGCGUCGCCAACGAGCCAGGCGUCCACGGCGCCGGACAACACGCGUCUUCCGAGUCAGCACGCGACGCCAAAUUCAGCCGCGUACGGUUCACCCUCGAACCAAUAUCCUGCCGCUUUCAAGACCUUGCCGCACAACCGUAGCGUCACCCCCUACGGAAUCACCAGUUCCACCAUCGCACCGGUAAUGCCUCGUCACGGUUACGUUACGAUACCUCGAAGACCCAGGGCACCCAGCUGGAGCAGCGGUCCACCCACUUCGCCCACAGACGGACUGGAGCCUGUCUACGACAAUCUUGGUCUACGCACCACCGCCGAUGGUAGCUCGGUGUUAUCUUUGAACAAGAGUCCCGAGCCUUUGUCCUCGAUCAGGAAUCGACCUCUGCCAGGAACGCCUAGUUCGCAUUACGGCACCAUACAGCGAAGCACCCCAAAUAUAUUGACCAGCAGCCCCCUCGAUAGAGCCGCUCCCGAAGGUGCUGCCGAAUGGCCAUCCAAGAUCGCUGACGAAUCCACCGACAGCAAUCACGUUCUAAAUCAAUCGCAGCCACAACAAUCGUCCAGCAACACUCUCGGUAGAAAGGUACCACCUAGACCACCUCCAAAGCCGAAGAAGAAGUCGACGAACGGUCCACUGUACGAGGACGAAGGUGAAGACGGGACGGAGGUAUGAUCUACGUACAUCGGUCGACGAAGAUGAGGCCGCGAGGUGGUGGCCGUGUUAAGCGGAAGAGACGCAUGACCGAGGUCACAAUAAACCGGUAGUGCCUUUGAUGAAGAGACGAUCCGUGGUUUUGUGCGAAUCCACGCGUUCGGUUGGAGUGGAUCAGUUUGCUCGUGGAGCGUGUGUGGGGGCUUCCACAUCCGGUGAAACAAGUCGUCGGGUGAAACGCUGACUCGCUGCAAAAGCAACAAACUCUUUGUUGUUGUUGUUUCUUUUCUUUUUUUUUUUUUAAUUUUAUUUUCCUUUCCUUGUAUUUUUUAAUUUAUUUAGUUCGUGACGUGAAAAGGUUUCAUUCUUUCGCGAGGAGCCGGGAAACAGACUACGUUCCAGUGACUUUCACGCGAGAACGCUAUGAAAGGUGUCGAACAACACCUGUACGUAGGUGUUUUUCGUUCUUUGCGUUCCUCCAGAAGUUCGUCGACGAAGACGACCAAUGAUACGAACGCUCGUGACGUUUAGGUGACGAGAAAGAUGACGAGAUCACGAACAGAUCGUAUAAGAUACUCAGCGUUGAUGGUAACGCUACUUCCCGAAUACGAUCGUCUUAUUUAUUGACGUGCUUGUUGCAUGCAUAACGAAGAUCGCGUUCAAACCAGUAUAGACAUCGUGCAGUGGUAAACGCGAUCGGGUACCUCUCUUAAUCUCUAUUCCUACAAUUCUUUUUUUUAAAUUUACAUUUUUGUAUUCGCCCGUGUGUACUAGACGAGAUUGAUUCUUACGAAAUAUUUACAGUUUAUCAUGCAUUUCUUUUUUUUAUUAUUCCUCGAGGGAACGAUGCUCUGCAUUCUUUUUAUCGUUAGCUUUAAGAUGAUCCUCUAUUUCUUCUACAUCGUGCAUUACGUUGGGUACUUGACCGCGUCGAACAGAGUUACUUUUGUAACUGUACGUACACGAGAAAUCAUGCGAAUUAUUUCCAAUAAUGUAAGAACAAACGUGUUAAAAUAACAAUGAUGUUAGAGUAAUUGUUUUUGCGUACGUAAAGAGUAUCCUCCGACUAUAUCUGUUCUCCGAUGGUAACGAAAUAACGCGAAUGUUCCAGUGUGAGUGUAACAAGGUGGUAAUUCAUAUAUAGAAAUCCUCCAUUAAGAAAAUAUCACAAUGAUACAAGACAAGACACCGUGACCAAAUGAAUCUUACACGCAUAUUCUCUCGUCCUUUAAAAUAUUUUAAUAUUCUCGCAGGCCAUGAUACUUCGUUUCUAUCAGGAGGGAUCUAGACGUACGUUCGUGUUGUAAAAAAAAAAAAUUAAGAAACAUCGUACAGUUUGUAUAUACUAUGUAUAUUACACGUAAGAAAUAGUUCGUAUGUCUUUCAUGAAACCAUACCUAAAUGAUGGUUUAGAAACAAGGCAAGGCUAUCCUCGAGUUAGAGACACAAUGUCGACCCGUUCAGAAUGCUGUUGUAUACGUAAAUUAAAUUAAAUAAUUAAAAAACGUGGUAAUUAUAGAGAGAAUUACCAAAAAUGCAGUCGAAUCACUUUUGAACCGAAUUCUUGAUCGGAUAUCAGCUCGUUCUCGUUUCGAUCAGCUUCUCCGAACGAGUUUCACUUUGUACGAUGUUUUGUAAUACUUUCGACCAUCGAUCUUCCACGAUGGACGAAAUUUCAUUGUUCGAGGAAAGAUAAACGUUUUCGGUCGACAAAAUUGCCGCGGCUUCGUAGACACAAACCGCGAGAAACGAUCGCUCUUCAACUAAACGUUUAUCGCUCGUAAGCCACCAACUUGUUAUACUUCCGCUACAUUUUAUCCGGGUUUUAACGUUGCAUUCCCGACUUUAGCGGGGGAUUUCGGGAUCGAUCGUCUGCUCAACUUGUUGCGAACACGCGGGGACGAAUCCUUAUCCCGCGACCAGAGAAACAGAGAGUCCUUUCAACGACUUCCAAUAUUCCAAAUGGACGUCUCUUUCCACCUUUAUCCCGCAAAUGCGCAUUGUUUCAUGUGUUUGGGGAAUUGUUCAGCUAGCAAGAUUACUGGACAAGGUAUUUCACACGUUUCAAUGUACAAGCCCAGUAUAUCGUUGUAUUAACACUUUGACUGAUGUUUUGUUUGAUCGAAGAUACGAGACGAUGGCGUAAGAAAAUGGUUGAAAAUAAGACAUCGUACACGGUUCAUUUAUCGUACAACUUAUAAUAGGUUUAAGAUGGCAACUACUUAUUCCGAACGAUGUGUUUUAAUUUACAUAUUUAAGUCUUUCACGUUUAAAGCAUCUCCUUAAAAUUUCAAGUAGCUUAUUAAGAGACCGGAAGCAUCUCUCGAGUACUUAUCUCCCAAACACUUUAUCAAAGGUACUUUUGUAUACAGAACAUUUAGGAGACUCUACUUAACCGAGGAGAAAUGUAUUCGAUAACAAUUGUAACAGGUGCAUCAAAUUUUGUUACGACAACGAUUUUCUUUCGCCAUUUUCGUUUAAUUUCGAUCACGUACAAGAUUCCAGUUUUUCAAUUGAUGACCAUGAUACCAAUCAGUGAAAUAAUCAUAGACCAAUAUAUCGAUUCCAUGGUAACGAUGUGUCUUCCCUGAACAUUGUAGCACACCUAAACAGUAUUAUGAAAUAAUUUUGACGAUGACGGUGCGGCGUUCGGUGGGAUGAUCCGGAGAAAAUCGCGACGCGAUCGUGUAACUUCUUUUCUUCGACUAUCGAGAUUAAUGCAAUUAGUCGAUGUUAAUGAGGAAAAGGACAGUUAAGUUUGAAUAGGUGCCAACAGACAGUCUUCUGUCUCUCGUUUCAAAAGUCAGACAUAGAGAUUUCUACUAAUUAAAUAAAAUACUAAUCGACUUUUAUUUGUUAUUUCUACUGUCCCAAUUUCUUUGCACGAUAAAAUCUACUCAAACUGUGUCUAAUUGAAAAAUUCUUCAAACAACAGAGGAAAGGUAAUUGUUCCUUUGAAUUUCCUUGAAGAAUAUCUACUGUUACGUUAAUCGUCGAGAAUAAAAUCGAAGUUACACGAACGACGAUCGUCGCGGAUUAUUUUAAGCGGCCUAUCAGAGUCGCGGCUCGUCCGAUCCGAUCGUUGUGCCGCGCCCUGUAAAUACACGGACCUUAAUUCGCACGUUAAUUCACGAUGUUGUUUAUAUGUAAAUGUGGGCACGUUCAAAGCAACGCGGCACGGCAGAUUGGUACGGCGCCACGAGUAUAUUUUUGUAAUUUUGUAUUUUGAAGAUUUCUCCGGCAACACGAGUUCCCACAAUCACCGCUCGGGGAAGAUACACUCGUCUAUGUUCGUCGAAAUCAGGAAUAUUGAUUUGGUAAUUAUGAAAUUCAUAUGAAACAAAGAGUGAAAUGUGAUCCAGUUCUGGAUUGUAUCGCGACUGUUAACUUGGAUCCUCGUCACAGAAAGGUCUCGAAAAUGUUAAUAAUUGCACAUAAUUACCGGUAAUCGUCACAAUUAUUGUUAUUGACUAAAAUUAUUAAUUUCUUAACAAUGAAACUUCAUUUUUGUUUACUUUUGAAAAAUCUUUAAAUCGAGAAGAUUUUUCAAUUCAUAGCGUUCUCCAUCGAUGAUUCCCAAAGAAAAUCAUUAAUUUCUCAGCAAUCAAAAUUCUCUCUCAUCUGCCUCGCAAAAAUAGAUGAAAAAAGACUUUUCCUCACCCGCCAGCGAUAUUCAUUUCGCAUUCCGUGAUAUGCUAGCUCGUUUAUCGCCACUCGCUGAUAACAUGACAAGUCUGUACAUGAAAAUAGAACUCGUACAAGCUACGCAAUUACAGAAGCCCGGGAGUCAACCUGCGUGUUCUAUGUACCAUUAACCGAGGCAUGUUUACCAGGUACGCGUAUGACGAGCCACCAGUCAGCGUGCAAUUAUUAUCACGGGGAUACUUUGUGCGUGCGGUUAGGCUGUUCGUCGCUUUAAUGAGACUCCCUCUUUGACACCCGAACACCAUAACGUAACAACAUGGUUCAACCGUGCGCAUCUACUCCUCUCUUCUGAACGAUCGUUUGCAAACGAUCAACGAGUAGAUCCUUCGACGACCGUUUCUCUCGCUAAUGACUCUGCGUAUCUACCUGUUAGGUAUAUAUGUUAUAUCCGUUUGAAGUCGUUACUCUGUGACAGGAAUCAAAGCCACGAUGAAGCUAAAAGGAUGCGGAUUGAAUUUUAUACAGUCGCGACUGAGAUUUUUCGCUUCGAAACCUUUUCCAAGGAAUCAGUCGUGAUUCGCGAGGGUAAAUAGAGAUUCGCGUUUAAAGAACGACGUUCCAGGAGCUGUUAUCGGUUUUCUCGUUGAAUUGCAGUAUAAUUGACGGUUGAUGGAAGACACCUCGUGAAACGAGUCUAUUUUACGCCGAUAUCGACGAUCAACGGACUUAAUUGCGUCUGUGGUGAGAAUAUAAGACGUUCGAUCGAGCCAAUCGUUUAUAGGGUUCAUCUCGCUUCAUAAUUGAACAGACAAAUGAAUGUUCAAAGGCGUAUUUUGAAUCAUUAUAAAGUUGCUCGUUUUAUGCUGCCAAAAAAUAAGUACGCCAAUUGCAAAUCGCAAGGAAAAUGUUCUCGUUUGAAUGUACUUAAAAAUCAUCUGUGGUUCUGUCGUCCGUCUUGAUUUUCAAGUGGUGCAACAGUUAUUUCCGCCAGGAAUUAGCUGAAACUACGUUUCGACCGACCUCUGUAGAUAAUACCCUUAGUUCUGACACUGAGAUAUUGGCGUGAAGUUCUUGAUCCGCAUCUGUGUACGGAUGUAACUACCGUCCAAUACACCGAUCCGACCACAACCAUCUGGACGUAACGCGCGCGUGCAAUUAAUCUAAUUUAAUGAACCAACGUAUGCUUUGGAACACCGUGUUCCUCGGGGACUUCUAGUAACUCAUUAUUUUCAUGCCAUUUUCAUUCAUAUUCCUUUAGGAUAACUUAAGAAUGCUAUUUCUUUCGUCUUGAACACGCCAUUGUAUAUUCAAUACUCGUGCACCGUUCCAUUUAAUUAAAUUGUCCCAAAACCGAAAUACGAUAUUCAGUAAUUUUUUAAUGGAGCGAUUUAUUUCUGUCAAGUCUAUUGAUUUUUAUUAAGAGCAUUCAAAGAAUAUAUUAAUACGAGUGUAAUAAAGAUUCAAACGGUGCACAAGAAAUAUAUAUAGCAAGCUCGACAAUGCUGAUUUUUUAAUACUUUAACGGCAGGGGUCAAAGUAUUAAUAACAGCAUUUUCAUUCAGUAAGUACGAUUCAUUAAUAGACAAUAGACAAGUGUUCAUUGAUAAAAAAUAUAUUUAAAGGCUGAUAUGGAACAAAAGUACCGUACUUUAUGUUGCCUCCAUUCGCAUUCGUUACAUUCCAAAAAUGACUAUAAUUUAUAUGUUAUAUUAAGAGACAUUUGAACGCAUUCUCACUGGUUCUUUCAUGGCUCCAUAACAAUUAGCUGAUUAAUCCUCGGAAAUAUUAAAAGUCUUGAUUUUUACCAGAACAAAUUUCCGAGCAUUAAAUCAAUCCUGAAGACAAUGUUAUUUAAAUCGCAUAGAGUUAAGUGUAACAAGCGUACGGCUCGUACAAUCUCCAGAAAUGUUUUUAUUCACGAAAUAUUUUUAACUCGUUUCUUCGAAGACUGAAGAUUUUUCGUUGAGACUCGUCGAUCCCAAAGGAAUUGCGUUCGUGAUGAAAAAAACACAAUGGUUAAGCGAACGAUUGGCGAGAAACUAUGUCCGAUACUCGCGAGAAAAUAACUUCCUAAGCGUGAUCGAAUUAGCUAAUUCGAACACGAUCGUUUCGCGUGUGUUCACGUUUUAUGUAAACGAUUCGAACAACCGCGUGUACACGAGCGACACGAUUUCAUUGCGAAACGUUUACACGACACGAUAAGACUUUAGUGUAAGCCAGUGUUGUCCAAACUAAGCUUCACGGCUUAAGGAACUUCCCUCACUUUGCAUCCAUUGCUGUAACAUAGGAACGCUGGUUAAUGUCAGCGAUAAUUUGUAAAGGAUGCUUAUUCAUUUCUUCGUUCAUCUUUUCUGUGAAGAAUGGUGGUAUCAGUGGUGAAAUUUGUUCAAGAUCAAUGAGCUGCUUAAAAUCAUCCUUAACAAUUUAUAUUAUCAGAAUACGAUUAUUUAAUUUUCGAAAUGAACAUUUCUAUUUUGUAUCUGACGAAAUUGAGAAUUUUAUAGGGUCGAAUUGAUUUUGAACAAGCCACAGGUUUAAUUAGUUCUAAUAAGAAAUUGUGCUAUCUUGAUCGAUCAAUCGAGUCGUGUCCUAAUCAUCAUCGUCGAUACUGCCUAACUCAUUCCAUCGCCACCUGUGUAAAGAAUAUUUAUAGGAGAGACUUGAAUUUCCACGUGUAUACUGUAACGUGUAAGAAUAAAUACCGUGCAGAAUGCGAAGCAUGUUCCUGACGAAGAGUUGUUACGGUGAUGAAGAAUUUGUUGGACGCGUCUUUUUCUCUGGAUCAGCCGCGUUGCAAGUUUCAUGUGCUUGUCGAAUGUGUGCGAACAUAUAAUAUUAUAAAUAAUACGGGGCCGAGUCAUGAAUAAAUGACGUUUCAUUAACAUAUUUUCGUACCUCGUACAGCUCUCCGUUGUACAGGAUAAGAACGCUUUCAAGUGUUUUUAUCGUAAUAGGUGAUUAUUAUAAAUGUAAAGGAACUAUGUUUGCGUGUCACGAUAUAGGUGUAAGGAAAUUCCUUAGGGAAACGUAACGAUCAGAAUUUUCUUUUCAUAGAUCUUAGAGGAGAUAGGAGAGUUAAGAGGAUGGAUAAUCGAACCGACUAUUCUUUUCGAACGUUGAUCAUGCUUUCUUUUCUACUUUAUAUUGUAUCCAAACCUUAUUAUUGAUAUUCAUGUUAUUAUUACUAUUAUUAUUAUCAUUAUUAUUUACGUAGCUGUGGUUAAUAUUUAAUAUUCCUGUCGAUUUAAUUUUAGAUUUUACAUUGUUACGUUGCGCUGUUAUUGUCACGAUAAUUCGUCUCGACGAUUAUUAUUUAUAGAGAAAUUUUGAUUAGAGAUACAACAUAUGCAGCUUGCCGUUUCUAACAGGAUUUAAGUUUCGUAUCUGUGUAUUUUGACUGGAUAUAAUUUAUACGUCAUUGUCAAUGUACUAUCACUGUAAAUAUUAUACAUAUUUUAUAAAUGAAAUAUUUAGCGUGACUGUAUUAAAAGAAUGUACUGAAAGCACCACUCUGUACACUCCACUACGAUGGUUAAAUUUUAAUAAAUAUUUCCCAACCCC